CAAAAACCAAAAAGCCCUGAAAUAUUUUAAUCUAUUAAUAACGUAAAAUAUAACACCCAUUCAAAGCAUACUCUUUUCUUCUCUCCAAAGAUAAUCUACACUUCUUUAUAUAUGUACACACACACAUAUAGAGACAUCUAGAUUUCACUUACACAUUCUAAAACACCUAGACCUUUAUCAAAACCAGAGAAGACCAAGAAGAAGGCAUGGCUAGAUCACCAUACUAUGGUUCAUCUUACUUAGACUACCUCUCUCUCCCAAACCCACAUCUCUGUUUCCUCUUCAUCGUCGUCUUCUUCGUGUUGUCCUUCACAUGGUACUUGAACUUCGAGUCCAUCAUCGAAGACACCCUGGACCACCUCAAGCUCGUCUUUAUAUUCACCCCUCUCUUCCUCCUCCUCCUCGUCCACUUUUUCUCCGGUGGCCUCUCCUUCUACGUCCCCUGGCCUGAACAAGACUCCAUUCACCGUGCUGGUUCUUCCCCUUGGGGCGUAGCAGCCGUGCUCGUGCUCAUAUUGUUCAUGGUUUCGUACCAGUCAGAUUUCCAGGAGAGGUGGUUCCCGUUUGGGGCUAAGUAGAUCAAUCAAAGUUUAUGAUGACCAGCUUUAGUUAUUCUCUAGCUAUAUAUGGAACAUCCAUGUAAAAUAUCAAAGUACCUGAGUAAUCUGGUAAUAAUAGAUUAUUAUAUGUAUUUUUCUUAACUUUAGUCUUUCAUGUGAACUUAAAUUAAAUAUGUGUAGGAAUGAAACUUUUUUCGAAGGUCUUAUAAAGAGAUUUGUAUAUGUACGUAGAUGAAGUUGUCUCAGCGUAUGUUUUUCUUUUAUUUGUUACAUUUCUUUUGGAAAAUGAGAUGGACUGAGACUUUUGGAUACAACAGAAAAGUUUGAUGGAUGAAUAUUGGAUGGCUAAAAUGAAUUACUAUGUGCAAUAGAAGUGAAUAUGGUGCGUAAUGUGUGUAUAUUGACUUAGACAACGAGUGGUAGUAGUGGUUUUUCUUGUCUUCUUUUGACAAGUGGGGGUUUGUUAUUGUCUAUGUAAUAUUUUCCGGAGUUUUCCACCAUUUUUUUUUUUUGCUAAGAAAUUGCAACACCUUUUGCG